CGCUCAGGUACAGAGGCUGUGAAAGCGUGACGGCUUCGAGCACUGGACCAAACUAAUAUUCACUGGCCAUUUACCUGGUAAAAUGCUGAACGGGUUUGCUGAUUUGAGCCUGGAGGAUGAAGUGGAAGAUAUGGACACAUCCGACACGCCGUGGUACUGGUUUUACAAGGCAAAGUGUGGCAUCUGGCACAGGAUUGAGGACGACCCAAAGAAUUUUAUGUCCAGUGACGAUCUGGACCGUUAUUACCUCAGAAACCCAAAAGGAGUAGUAAACGUCACUGCUGCUGGAGCUCAGUUCGAGAUUAAUUUUGCAGAAAGCAUGCAGGUUAAUUUAAAAACUGGCAAAAGGAGGAGGAUUAAACGCUCAUUUCAGACUGGGAAUCACAUAAGAUGCAAAUGUGACGGCAUUUCGUCGUCUACACCAACACACUGGGAGAGUGUCGAUCCCAAAAAACCUUUUCAGGUAACCAGAAGCGCUCAUCACAAAGAUAAAUCAACGUCAGACUCUUUAACUCUGAACAAGUGCUUCUUUCCCACUCAGUUAAUCUCUCUCAGAAAAGAUAGCAGUGAAUAUCAGAAGAUGGAGAGAUUUGUCAAGGAAGACGGUUUACUGCAAGAUCCCAUCGUAUCCAUCAGCAGGAUUCAAAAUGUGGACUUCUGGGAGUUGUUUUGUAGGAGAAAAAUCCAUAUGAUGAGAAUAAAAGGACAAUCUCAAAUUGAAGAGCAAAGUCUUUUUCACGGCACUAAAGCUAAAAAUGUGGAAUCUAUUUGCACAUAUAAUUUUAACUGCAGACUAUCAGACGAGAGAAGAGUUGGGCAUGUAUUAGGAAAAGGAACAUAUUUUGCAAAACAUGCAACCUUGGCAUCCAGAUAUAGUGAAAACACUGUCCGGGGAACCAAGUUUUUGCUGAUCGCCCGGGUUAUUGUUGGGCAAUACAAAGCAGGCCAUCCUGAUUACUGUACGCCUGAUGAUGACCAGGGUGAAAAUGUUCACAUACAUGACAGUUGUGUAGAUGAUGCACUCUGUCCGAGGAUUUUUGUCAUCUUUGAUUCCAAUCAGAUUUAUCCGGAGUAUGUGCUUGAAUAUCGCGGCCGCUGAUUUCAGAUCAGUAUCAGUGCAUUAAUGAGUGCUGGAAGAAUUAGAGAACAAGGGCCAGAUUUAC